UUGUGUACCCACAACUCUCUCUGAGGGAUUUUUGUGAUGCAAAGAGGAAACGUUAACAUGUACAACUGAAUGAUCACAACACUCCGAACUCUGGAGUAUCUUGAGACAGAAUCCCAGUUCAGCAGAAUGGCAGACAUGUCAGUGGAGGAGAUGACAACUAAAGCCAACUGUGUAACAGAUCAGUCACUUGAAAGCACUAGACGAAUGGUACAAAUGACUUUGAACGUUGGGGUCAAAACAAUGACUAUGCUAGAUGAGCAGGGAGAAACACUAAAGAAUGUGGAACGGGAAAUGGACCAGAUCAAGCAGGACAUGAAACAAGCUCGAAAAAACCUGAAUGAACUGUCCAAAUGCUGCGGCCUGUGUUUGUGCCCAUGUAACAGACUGAAGUCCACCGAGAGUGAUUGGAGAAAAAAGCAGGUCAGGGAACCAAAGGAAAGCAAGCAGAAGGUGGUAUCCAGCCAACCGACUGCCGUUCGCAAUGGGCAGGCUGUUUCUGCUGGGUCAGCGGCCCCCACUGGCCCCUACAUCAAGAGAAUAACAAAUGAUGAUCGAGAAGAUGAGAUGGAAGAGAAUCUAAGUCAGGUGGUCAACCACGUUGAAAUUUUAAAGAACAUGGCACUGGACUUGAGCAACAAGAUUGAAGAUCAAAUCCAAAUAAUUGAUCAUGUCAAUAAUGAGAUUACAACAAUUACAAGUGAGGUUGCCGCUGCGGAAAAACAUGCCAGGAAACACAAGAGAAAUACAGAAAGGACCACCAAAAGCUAAAGUAAGCAUGAAAUGAAAACUUACACUAUGUAUUUUUUAUAGACGUUAGUGUGAACAAUUCAUUUGUGAAUGCAGACCCCCAUCCGUAGUUCCCAUCCUACAUUUUAUUAUAUAUAUAUUUUUUUGCUUUUUCUAUGAUCCAUUUCACUCAGAUGUUCAUCAACAUAUGGAAGAAAAGAUCUGCUAUUAACAUUUCAUCGUGACUUUAACACUUGCCAUAAGUGCCUUUUUAUUGUUCUCAUUAUUAUCUUGAUGUUUGUAAAUUGUGGGACAGAGCUGUGUCCUUCAGUAAUUUACUUAACGAGGCUUUAGAAUGAUUGAGCCUUUGGAAAGCUUUUGAUUGAAGUGCAUGUCUAAUAUUCUCUGGACAAAAUGAGAAGUGUUCAUAUGACCGGUCAG